GAGGGGCAAUCAUAAUUGCAGUGAAGCUCCUAAUCGCGAGGACGAUGAAUUAGUUCAAUGCCAGAAUCUACCAUCUGUAGCCCACAAAAUGACGAACCCUAUCCGAUAUGCAUUUAUUGGACUGCUUCUUUGUUCGUUUAUUUCGCAAAGUGAUGUAGGACCUACAGUCCAACAUGUACUUGAGUACAUGUACACACGCUUCAAUUCCUCCCACUAUGAAGUUGCUGGGUUGUUGGAUGGAGAACUGGUGGACUUCUACAGCAGUGCCCUCAAGUCCCCUGUACCUAAAAAAAGCUGGAAUGAAGAAAAUACAAGCUUUGGAUAUAAUGACUGGCAAAAAAGUCUUUCAGCUCGACAGGACGUUAAUACCUAUUUUUUAUCCAGUGCUGUAGACCUGAAGAGGCACUUUGUAAAACAUCCCUUAGGUGGUGAUAUUGUGCAGAUGAAACUUGGUUGUGCUGUGGAUAUAACCAUCACUGAAAGCAAAAAAACGGAGAAAGAAGUUGGCUUUGCUGAGUUUGCCUAUGAUGGGAACACAGUGCUGCGCCUCAGUGAUAACUCAAGUAUGUGGAUUCCAAAAGAUGAAUAUGCUCAGGAUAUUCACGAUAUUGUACACAAAUGGAACACUCAAAGCAUGAAAGACCACUUGACCAACUUUGUGAAUGUGGACUGUCCAGUGGCACUUGAUCGUUUCCGAUUAUUAGAGCGCACAAACUCAUCUGCUCCAAAGGUCUACACUGUCCCUAGUGGCUCUUUAAAACCUGGGUUGAUCAACCUGACUUGUUUAAUUACCGGAUCCUAUCCGAAGUCGUCACCCAUUGAGAUGAACCUGUUUAGGGACAACAUCCUCCUCACAGAGAUGGAGGGUGUCCAUUCAUCAGGAGUCAGACCUAACGAAGACCACACCUACCAGCUGAGGAAGACGGUGAGGCUGGACACCUCCGAGUCUGUCGUUUAUCGAUGUGAUGUCAAUCAUAAAAGCUUCCCUAAACCGCGGAAUUACACUUGGGAGGUGAAAAAACAAGAGGAGGGAUCAAAUCUUCUACCUUAUAUUGGAGGUGUAGUCAUAUUUGUAUGCCUACUGGCUGGUGUACUGUUUUUCAAAAACAGAUGGAGAUUUGAGCCUAAUAGAUAUUUGGCUGCUCCUAAUCCUGAAGAGAAUGCUGCCCUGGGAGCUCAAGAUGGAGGGAGUUUGAUUGAUCAAGGAGGUGAUGCCACUUCUGUCGAUCUGUCCUCUGAGAGAGAAGUUCUUACAAAUGCCCCCGAUGCUGAAGAUGAAAACGAUGAAGCCUAUGGAAGUCGUGGAAGCUCUGAUUCAGACCUGUCACAGAUUCAAAGAACCUAAUUGGAAUUCAACACAGACCCAGCUGACGACUAGUACAGGGUCUUAAGUAGGUACUUUGAAACACUCUUAUCCGAUUGUCAAUUUCCAAGCGUUUUACGUGCCAACUGAAGAUAACCCAGAGCUUAUGAUUAUGCAUUACCUCUGCCUGGGAUCAAGUUACCAGAGGUAACUGACUACAAGAGGAGCCGCUCAACGCUAACAUGGACUGACACAAUACAGUAAAGAAUACUGAGGAAAUGAAGGGCUUGUUAGAGACAUUUCCAUGUGUCCUGAUCGUUGUCUGGCUGUUAUCACAGAGCUCAUUACUAAGAUGGUGAGAGAUAUGUUAUGGUGAUAGAUAUUUUACUAUGUAUUUGUAAUGUUUCUGUAAAGCAGGCUAGUUACGUCCCGUGUAGCUCAGUUGGUAGAGCAUGGCACUUGCAACGCCAGUGUUGUGGGUUCUAUUCCCACGGGGGACCAUUACAAACAAAAUAUGAAAAUGUAUGCACUCAUUUCUGUCAGCCACUCUUGUCUUAAAAAUGUAAAUGUACUCGGAAUUACACGUCAUGCUGUAAUUGUCCUAAACUUCUUAGACUUGCGGACAGCUCAGGGACCAAGUAUCAAAAAUAUAAGUUACAAUUUUCUACUUUUUCAUGUACUGUAUAUAUUUUCUAUGAUCAAUUUAAAUAAAUUCUGUAUAGCUUUAAACUCCC